CAGGCGCUCAUUGGGCACAGUUGUCAGUGGGGUCCUAAUGGCCGCUGUCAAACGCUUAGGUUAGUAACAAGAUGGCGGCGUCGUCGAGUUCGCAGGUGAUUUCUCUGUACAGGAUGCUCUUAAGAGAAAGUUACAAGUUCCCCUCGUACAAUUACAGGACGUACGCAGUGCGGCGCGUGCGUGACGCGUUCAGAGUCAACCAGAAUGUGGACGACCCAAAAACGGUGGAGAGGUUGGUGCUGGAGGGCCGACAGUCGCUGGCACUGAUACAGAGACAGACACGCGCGCACACACACGCAGGCCCUGGCGGACUAAUGACCUGAGCGUGUUCCCAUAAUGCAUCAUCAGCCCUCAGGUUGGUUCUUGGGUGUUGCCAACGUGUCAGCGGCGUCGGCUCCUGAAGAAGAAGAAUGCGUGUGUGUUGUGACGUCACCUUGUGGAAUGUGGUGCGUGCGUGCGUGCGUGUGUAGUCAAUGUGUUUGUGUGCGUGGCCACUUUUCUGCUUGCGUGUGGAUAAAGAUGAUGGAUCAUAUCCGCAGACAUAAAUGAGCAACUUGUGUUUAAUGAGUGUGUGUGUGCGCUUGCGUGUGCAUGCGCGCAUGCUGCAGUGUGAAUUGUAAUCAGCGUCUCGCGAAUGCACUUUGCCGCUUCGGGAAAGCGCAUCUCAAAGUAGGACGACACCCUGCGUGAACGGCUGCGCCACACAGCCACCUCCUCGCCCCCUCCCUCCAUCUUCUCUCCUUCCGUCACUGUAAAUCCGCAACCUCCCUCCCCGUGUGUCCCCAAAAGCACACACACAGCAACCGUGUCUAAUGAGUCGCCACACACACCUGCUUGGAAGGCGUCACGUGGGAGUUUAAUUACUCGUCACUUGAUGUGUGUUGUGCAAUUUGGGCUCUGGACAAAUAAUGUAGCGGUGCAAUAAUUCAUUUAUUAAUCAACUAUCAAAUGAAUUGACAACUAUUUUGAUAAUCAAUUCAUGGUUUCAAGACCUUGUUCUACUUAAAAUUGUUCAAACCGUCUCAACAGUAAAUCUCCAAAUUCUCUCAUCGUCCAUUAAAGCUGUCAGCUUGUCAGACCAGACCGGGAACUGAAUCGUCAUGAAUUAAUAUUGGUGCAUUUUCUGCGCUCUCCAAAACAAGGGAAAUAAUAUCCUCUUUUUGAUGCAGCUUGAAAUGUUUUUUUGAUCUGAUUCAUCGACAGAUUAUUCCAUUACUAAAAUAAUUGUUAGUUGCAGCCCUCGUCUUGACUUUGAAUAACAUUUAAGAAUAGUUUUUGUUGACCAAACACCGCUUGACAAUUAAUGGAACAAAAUAUUUUGCUGGACUUUCAAGCUGAAACUUCAACGGGCUAAAUGAUGUGGCCGUUGUGCGGCGUCACGGUCGCACAAGUGCAAUUCUUCUCGUCGGAGCGCCUGAUUGCGUCACCUUUGCACUUUUCUUCCGGGAUCUCCUCGCCGCGCAUGCGAGGAAGAAGAUGAAGAAAAAAAAAGAAGACAGCAGGUUAAAAGAGGAGCAGAACACUUAAACGCUCCUUUAGCGCUCAUCCACGCAAAUGAAUAAUGAAUGAGAGUGCGCGCUAAAAGCGGGAUGUGGAAACGCACUCAGAUGAGGGAAAGAAGACGAAAACACCCCAAGAAGGAGACGUGGAGACCGACAACUUUUCAAGAAACUUUUUGACAAACCUUCAAAAAUAUGUGAAACUAAAUGGAGCCAAAUAACAACAACAAGAAGGAAAAGAAAAAAAGAGCGCAAACCAAGAGCAACAGCACCGUCCGUCUCCAUUUAAUUUUCUUCCAGUUUACAAAUUCUGAUCAUCAUCAUCAUCAUCAUCAUCACAUGGCAGUUCAAGUGCAUCAAGAAGACCCGCGACUGUCGCGGGUGUGUGCUACCAGACCGGAAGUGACCCCGCCGCAGCGAUUUGCAUGAAAGCCGCGCCUCCUCGCUGCCGAUUGGUGCAGGGGGCCACACGGCAGCCAAUCAGCGCAACUAGCACCUUUCCCGCCCUGCACUGAGGCCCUAGCUGAUGACAUCAUCGAUAAGAUCUUUGGGCGCCUGGCGCCCCUUGGUGGCCGCGCACCGCUAUUACUCUCAUUCCAUUCAAUGGAGGAAUAUUUAGGAAUCAUGAAAUAUCGAAAUCAUUAAAUAUUGAAACAAAUGAAAAUUGAAAUGGUUAAACAGAUUGAAUUUCAUAAAUAUUGACAAUAGAUAUUGAAAUUCAAUAAAUAUUAAAAAUAAACAAAAUAAAUACUGAAAAUAAUAAAUUUUCAAAUAAGUAAACAUAUACAAUACUGAAAUACAUUUUAAAAUAAGUACAAAUAUUUAAAUUAAAUAUCGAAAUAAUUCAAUAUAUAUUUAAAUAAAUAUGAAAUACUUAAUCCCGUUUGAUUAUUUAUCUACUUAGUUUUGGCACUCUUGGCCCUCCAUACAAGUCAGUGCAAGGUCAUUAGGCACGGUGGACGACUGGUUAGCACAUCUGCCUCACAGUUCUGAGGACCGGGGUUCAAAUCCCAGCCCCGCCUGUGUGGAGUUUGCAUGUUCUCCCCGAGGCUGCGUGGCUUUUCUCCGGGCACUCCGCUUUCCUCCCACAUCCCAAAACCAUGCAUGAAUUGGAGACUCUCAAUUGCCUGCCGUAGGUGUGAAUGUGAGCGCGAAUGGUUGUUUGUUUGUAUGUGCCCUGCGAUUGGCUGGCGACCAGUUCAGGGUGUACCCCGCCUCUCGCCCGAAGAUUGCUGGGAUAGGCUCCAGCAGCCCAGAAGAUGGAUGGAUGAAUGAAUGAAUGAGUCGCCUUGGCCUCUUCCAGGUUUCGUUUGGAUCGGUUUAGGUCGGCUCGGGUUGCUUGCGUCAUGCGGCACGAAGGAGAGAGGUGAGACGCGGUCAUGUUCUGUCUUUGGGGCUUGUUUGUGUACACGACAAAAAUCAAUCGUGAACUGUGGCGCGCACGCACACACACACACACAGAAUGACAGCAAACAGUCGGUGUGGUGUCAUCGUAAGUAAAACAAAAGGACAAAACAAACAAUCCAUCCCCGUCAUGUGAUUGUUUUGUGGUGAUUGUCAAGUAAUGUUUUCAUGUGAUGUCAUAUGUGACGUGAUGUGAUUCUUGUACGAUUGUGUGCGACGGGGGAGUUGUCCGGUGACGCGUUGGUGCGGCGUUUGCGCGCAGGUGGUCGUCGGCGACAUGUUCCAGGCCCAGAAGACGGUGGUGGAGUAGCAAGAGGAGGAAGUGACAUCGCGACAGCCAAUCGCGACCCGCUUCCUGUUUGUGAGGUGGGAGGUGCAUCACGGGAGACGCGCGACCAUCCGACGUCCUUCUUCGGUGUCGUCGACUUCAUGUAUAAACCAAAAUAAAAGCACAUGCAUUGGGACAGAAGCUUUUUGAACCGCUGCA